GCGCGCGGGGGACGCCGCUCUCCCACCCUGUUGGGCACCGACCGAGCGGCGGCUGCCUUAUGAAUCAUACCAUCAUGGGUUCGGUCCGCCCGCUUUCCUACACAGUAUUUUUACCUUUCACUUUGUUACUUUUUUUGCUCGGUUUCCAUUAGCCUACACAGGCAGGCUCCACAAUAGGUGGAGGCAUCGUAAAGUUUCGCGAGCGAUCGCUUUUUGUUCCACAUUGAUUAUGUAAGAGUGUGCGCCUGGAAGCGCGGAGCGGCGCCGUGUCCGUUGCGCGCAGUGUGGCACCUUCACACCUUCCAAACGGCCGCGCAACUUCAGCGAGGAGCAGCCACGUCGCUUUACGCUCGAGCGUGUUUGUCGCGCGAUGCAACUCCGGCAUUCCGCCUCGUUUUUCGUGCCAUCACCGAUAAAAGCCCUCAAUAUAUAUAUAUGCGCUGCCUUUUGGUAAAAAGUAAUACGACACGGUGACGGUGACCAGUUAGAAUUAAACUAUAUAUAUAUAUGUAUUAGUGAAUCGCAACAUUCACACGUAACGAUUUACACCACCGCUCUGUGUGUGCGCGUGUGUGUGCGCGCGGGGCUCUGCUGGGAUGUGCCGAUGUGCAAACAGAGCAUCCAUCCAUCACCAGAGAGCCCGCAGCAGGAAUUUCCCCCAUGUCAGCCCGCAGCGGCUCCAGGUCCGAGCGUCUCCUCGCGUUUUGUUCACAGUCUGCUGCUGGCACGCUCCAUUCAGUCGAGCUCCUCGCUUGCUUCGAUGUCUUGGAGACAGACACGUUGCCCUCCCCUCCGCUGUUUGCUCGAACCCCUGUGAAUUUGCACUCUGUUAAGUAAACAGUCGAGAGUCGCCCAUCAGCAGAGCACUUCUCCACGCUGGAGGCUCCGGAUCCCACGGCCGCUCCACCGGGGAUGGCGCCGUGUCCUCUGUAGCCCCAGACCCCUCUUUUCACAUGCUAAGAGAGCGCAGGGGGAGAAAUUGACAAGUUUGCUCAAUUUUCUGGAGUUACGGGAAGGGUUAUUUUUCCCCCCCUUCCUCCCUUUCCCCCUCUUUUAUAUUUUCUUUUUUUUUUUUUCCUUCCUUCAUUGACUGCUUCAAUAGAUCUGCUGUUGUGCGUUACUGCCAAGGAUGGGAGUAAAGCCGCGGCUGCUGCUCUUGCAGUGCCUCGUCUCCACUUUCGCGUGCGGCGCGGUCGCCUUCACCGAGGAGCCUGCAGACAAGGCGUCGAAAUCGGAUGGAUAUUGCAGCAGGAUCCUAAGGGCUCAGGGUACGAGGAGAGAGGGCUAUAAUGAGUUUCGGCUCAGAGUGGAGGGGGAGCCGGAGAAUUAUCAGCCUGGAAGCACUUACAGAGUGACUUUGUCCGCAUCGAGUCCCUCUUAUUUCAGAGGUUUUACGCUCAUUGCUUUGAGAGAGGGAAAGGACGGCGAGAGAGAUGAAGAUUAUGCUGGCAAUUUUCAGAUCAUAGAUGAAGAGGACACUCAGUUUAUGACCAACUGUCCGCCUGCUGUGACUGAAAGCACUCCAAGGAGAAGGACCAGAAUACAAGUGUUUUGGACGGCGCCACCAACUGGCAGUGGUUGUGUCAUCCUGAAGGCGAGCAUUGUGCAGAAGAGAAUAAUUUAUUUCCAGGAUGAAGGCUCUCUCACAAAGAGGAUGUGCGAAAAAGAGUCACCAUUGGGUGAGGCAACCGAGAAGCCCAUUCUGGAGUGCUGUGCCUGCGGGACGGCCAAAUACAGACUGACCUUCUACGGGAACUGGUCAGAAAAAGUGCACCCCAAGGACUACCCCAGACGAGCCAACCAUUGGUCUGCCAUAAUUGGGGCUUCCCACUCUAAAAAUUAUGUGCUGUGGGAAUACGGGGGCUAUUCCAGUGAGGGGGUCAAACAGGUGGCUGAGCUGGGGUCUCCGGUGAAGAUGGAGGAGGAGAUUCGGCAGAAGGGCGAUGAGGUCCUGACAGUCAUCAAAGCAAAGGCGCAGUGGCCGGCUUGGCAGCCCUUGAAUGUGCGGGCAGCCCCCUCGGCCGAGUUCUCCGUGGACCGAACGCGCCACCUCAUGUCCUUCUUGACCAUGCUAGGCCCCAGCCCUGACUGGAACGUGGGCCUGUCUGCUGAGGACCUCUGCACCAAGGAGUGUGGCUGGGUCCAGAAAGUUGUGCAGGACAUGAUCCCCUGGGAUGCCGGCACUGACAGCGGGGUCACUUACGAGUCUCCCAACAAGCCCACCAUGCCUCAGGAGAAGAUCCGGCCGCUUACCAGCCUGGAUCACCCCCAGAGCCCCUUCUACGACCCUGAAGGAGGGCCCAUCACGCCUGUGGCCAGGGUGAUGGUGGAGAGGAUUGCGAGAAAGGGGGAGCAGUGCAACAUUGUUCCCGACAACGUGGAUGAUAUUGUGGCGGACAUCGCCCAGGAGGAAAAGGAAGAAGAUGACACUCCAGAGACCUGCAUCUACUCCAACUGGUCACCUUGGUCGGCCUGCAGCUCGUCCACCUGUGAGAAGGGCAAGCGCAUGAGGCAGAGGAUGCUAAAGGCACAGCUGGACCUCAGCGUGCCCUGUCCGCAUACCCAGGAUUUCGAACCAUGCAUGGGUCCAGGCUGCAGCGAUGAGGAUGCCUCCACCUGCAUGAUGUCCGAGUGGAUCACCUGGUCGCCCUGCAGCGUCUCCUGCGGGAUGGGCAUGAGGUCUCGGGAGAGGUACGUCAAGCAGUUCCCCGAGGACGGCUCCAUCUGCACCCUGCCCACCGAGGAGACGGAGAAGUGCGUGGUGAAUGACGACUGCUCCCCCAGCAGCUGUUUGGUGACGGAGUGGGGUGAGUGGGAUGCUUGCAGCGCCACCUGCGGGCUUGGCAUGAAGAGACGGGAGCGCAUGGUGAAGAUGCCGCCGUCAGAUGGCUCCGUGUGCGGCGCCGAGUUGGCAGAGGUGGAGAAGUGCAUGAUGCCCGAGUGCCACACCAUCCCCUGCAUGCUGUCCCCCUGGUCGGAUUGGAGCGACUGCAGCGUGACGUGCGGGAAGGGAAUGCGCACCCGGCAGCGGAUGCUCAAGUCACCCGUGGAGCUGGGGGAGUGUACGGAGGAGCUGGAGCAAGUGGAGAAGUGCAUGCUCCCCGAAUGCCCCAUGGACUGCAUGGUGUCUGAGUGGUCUGAAUGGUCUGAGUGCAACAAGUCCUGCGGGAAGGGCCAUAUGAUCCGCACGCGCAUGGUGAAGCUGGAGCCCCAGUUCGGCGGAGACCCGUGUCCCGAAACGGUGCAGCGCAAGAAGUGCAAGAUUCGCAAGUGCAACCGGGGCUUGGGCACCAGUGACGAGCGCAAGCGGCGCAAGGAGGCACGUGAGAAGAGGAGGAGCAAGCAGAACCGUGACGAGGCACCCGAUGAGCACCCCGGGUGCAAGAUGCGGCCGUGGUCGGCCUGGACGGAUUGCACCAAGCUGUGUGGUGGGGGGAUCCAGGAGCGCUUCAUGACGGUGAAGAAGCGGUUUAAGAAUGUGCAGUUCUCCAGCUGCAAGGACAGGAAGGAGAUCCGCGCCUGUAACGUGCACCCAUGCUAGGGUGGCAUGGGGGCAUGAGAGGCAUCGGGGGAGGGCGGGGGGUAGGGCAGGCUGGGGCGAUUGGCUGUGACUAUGUCAGUCAGUGAUAUGAUGCACUCUGUUUAGGGCUGUCAUGGAGCAAAAUCAGUCGUGUUUUAACCCAGGUGUCUGCGUAGUGUAGGGUCCUCCCACAGUUUCGGGGAGGGGCUUGUUGUAUGGUGGGCUCGGUGGUUGGUUGCUUCUCGCCGUGCGCUCUGCUCAAGCCAGAAGACAAGACCAGCGAGAGCUUGGCCUAGCGCUGCCUAUUCCCAGACUCAUACUGCAUAGUAUCUACCAAUAUGUAACUUCAGAGUGGCACACUUGACAUUAACAGAUUCUAUACAUAAUUUUUCUUUUAGCUGCACUAUUUUACUAACAUUGAUACUGGUAGAGCCCUCGACCAUGCCUUAGGUUCUAAACUUUUGAAGGGCACCUUCAGAACGAAGUUCUCUAGCUUGGGAUGGAGGCUGAGGAUAGGGGUGACAUUGCGGGGACCUGUGAGAAAUGAGCCAUUGCUGCCAGGUUCCGUUUCAUCAAGGAUUGUGGCCCCAGAUCUUUAUUUUGUGUUUAAUCCAAAAGCCAAGUUCUGAUCCACAGUAAGUGUUAUCAAGGGAGGGUUCACCUUCAGUCAGUGCCCGGCUGAUUUGGACACAACACAUCUGGUUAAAACAGAUUGAUUUUCUACUAUGUGUACAAAAUAGCUCUGUUGCAUAUAGAAUUUCUUGCAAGAUUACUGUAAACUUGUUGUGGUAUAAUAUUCAUAAAUAAAAAUGCCAAUCAGUUAAGAAAUAGAACUGUUAUAUCCUGUGGUAACUUCUUUAAUAGUAUAUUAUAUUCCUGAACUAAAAGCACAGGUAACAAACCAUUCCAGCAUUUUAUACUGCUCAAGAUGCUGUUUUUAGGACAAGAAUCUGUUGUGACUUUUUAUUCAACUGUAAUACACAUAGAGGCUCUACAACUUUUCUAUUAUUUUGUGCAUCAUUAGAAAUUUUGUUGUGGAAUUUUGAUAAGAAUAUCACCCAGGGUUCUUACCAAAGUCGUGAGUAGAUGUUUUGUAGAUGUUUCUCCCUCUCUCUGUCUCUAUUUCUCUGCGCACACACACACACACACACACACACACACACACA